AUGCCCGAAGAAAGCGGUCUGUACUGCAUUCUAUGCGCGGGGUUCAUCCAUUAUCAAUCCCCAAGAGAGUCAUGGCAGACGGAGUUUCGUGCCGUUCGUGUUACCCACGGCGAUGGCGAUGGCGAUGGCGAUGAAAAGAAGCGCUUUUUGACUGGCGUGGGCGGAUUUAUACACCGCGACUUUCCAUUCUCAGCCCCGUCGAAUCCCGACCAACGCUACGACGAUAAAGAAUACAGGGUCUCUCCACUGGAUGAGUUUGUGCCCUUCCUCUCUGUAUCCCAUCGUAUCGACAUUGGAUACGCCUUCCAUGACUUAUGUUGGCGCCUGCUCAAUGCUCUUAGCUAUCCGGAUCCUGUCCCGAUAGACCGCUUCUACGAUAUAUGCAGCUCAUUCCAUCCGCGGAGCCAAAAUUGGUUGCCCUGGGGUCAUACCUAUGGAGGCUUAUUGAAAGCAGACCGGGUCUAUUACCCUUGGGAGGAGGCCCGCCUUGCUGGCAUGAUCACAGGCUCUGUCACCAAACCGAAACUAUCUCCAUAUUAUUACUAUAAACAGGAUCCCUGGAAUAUCCCGGAAUUACAACAAAUAUUGGCAGAGACGAAAGAGAGCCCUGGCCGGGAAUCAUGCAACGAUGAGCUGAGGAUAUCCUGCAGACCGCAGCAGCAUGCGGAUUGCUUCUCAAUGUUGCCAGUGGAGCUCCUUGAAGAGAUUAUGACGCAGCUGCUAGUAAAAGAUGUUGCUAGCCUAAGGCGGGCGUCAAGGUCGUUCGCCAGCCUACCACUCACGCAAUAUUUUUGGUCCUCUCGAUUCCGACCUGAGAUGGACCGGGAUUUCAUUUUUGAGGCGACCAUAGCAGAUCGUGAAUCCGCUGUUUCCGCUGGGCGACGUGACUGGCGAGUGUUAUAUGAGAAAACAGGCCAAAGCCUACUCGAAGGCGGCGCCUUAGCAAAUCGGCGAAGAAUUUGGAAUUGCAAUAGAUCUCUUGCAAGAUUAUUGAGCAUUGAGCCGUUGGACAAAGAGCGACUGGCGAGAGCGGACCGAUACAAUAAUAUCGUGUGGAAAGCUGUUGGGGCACGUUACCCAUCUAACCAGUACAGUAGGCUUUAUGUCCAGGCAGCUCGUCUACCGCGUGAAAUAUCUCGGAUUGCGGUGUCCUUGAUCACCCUCAAUGGCAAACAAUAUGUAUCGGGAAUCCGUAUUAGUUCGCGCAAAGAACGGGGUGUGGACAUGGGCUAUAUCAUUCCGAGCAGCGAAAUUGUCUUGGAUCUGGAAAAUGAGAACGGCACUCCUGUGACGCUCUCCGGAUUCAUUACUGCGGUUGGACCCAGCGGGAUCCAUGCGCUGCGAGCUACCACGCUUGAAGGAGUGUUAUCGAUUUGGGGAGGUUGUCCGGAUUCCAAGCCUGUAACGCUCCGACUUUGCAACAACGAGCGUAUAUCCCAUCUGAAGUGCGCUUUCGAUGGGUUUAAACUCGUCGCGAUUUCGGUCCCAGACCCAGAAGUCGGCUCGCACGAACGGCCACCACAUCUGCCCUUGCGGACAACCGCGAUCUGGUACCCCACCGUCCCACCCGAAGAUGUUUACCUGCACGAAUCCACUUUCGCCGGCAAAGAAGUGCCCCAGUCCGAGUACCACCCACUCAUUCACGUAAUGUUCGGUGGGCCCCAGGGUUCAUAUCUAAAAUAUCUCACCCGGAUAUCGGUCACAGUUUCGGGACAAACUAUUGUUGGGAUAGAUUUUGAGUAUGGGGGUGAGAGCGCGCCAGUCGAACGGCUACAAGCAGGUCGUAAUGCCCUGGGUGGAGAUGACUCGUUGAGGAUACCUUUCACUGUUGACGGGCCGGGUGGAGAAAUCCUUACGGGCAUCCAAGUGAACGGAGACUGCUGGAAGAAUAUAACGUCGAUAAAAGUCGCAACAAACCGCAACCGACAAUUCACCUUUCAGCCAAAUGCGAUUCCCCAACUGAGGUUUCCUCCCGGGCCACUGGUUCGCAAAAAGAUGGGAAAGAUAGAAAUCACCCCCGGAACGACUAUAAUAGGGAUAUAUAUCAUGCACGAUAGUUUCGCUGGUAUGAUAGGGCUGGGCCCUAUAUCGAAAAGAUUGCCAGAAUAUAGCGACAAGGGCAGCCACGCGAAAGACAAAUCAUGA